UCUUGAUGGCAAAUACUAAUAUUUAAAGACCAUCAUACUGUAUUAGAACAAAUUGAAAAUAUAAUGAAGGCCCUGUGAUGCAAUUGUUCAUAUCAUAAUAAAGCAUUUUGCAAAAAAAUGGAAAAUUAUCUAUUGGCAUACUGUACAUUCGGACACGAGGCUCCCCAUGACUCCUCCCACCCAAAUGUUAGUUCACAAAUGAACUUCCUUGUUGUAGGUAAGACUCGGGUCAUCUCAUGUAUUAUUAAUAUAUUGGUGACACUGACCCACACUCUCGCCUUCAUUCAUUAUGCUAUGCAUCUUUCUUUACGAUGAUAAUGAACCUUCCUUCUUCCGACAAUCGGUACUGUACUCUGGCCGUAACCUUAAAAAGAUGGGAGCAUUAUGUCAUCUAUGACGUCAUAUUCGCGCGAAAAUACAAAACUUACAAGUUUAAUUUGUUGUGUUAUGUGAUGACGUUAUGUUGUGACGUGAGUUACUAGUAAGUCACGGCGGCUGGUGAUAUACACAGGUGUAUAUAAUUUGUUGUGGUCGUCUGUUUAUUGAAAUUCGUUGGAGAAAUAGUGGAGAUUAGAGAAUAAUUUGAUAUAUAGGUCACGGCGGUACUCCACCCACUGAGCUGCUGUUGCCAACGUCUAGUUUUCCUAUUUUUUCUAGUUUUGUAUUUUUAUUUAACUGACAAUAAAAUCUAGUUGUACUUCUAAAUGUAGUGAUGGUUAUUUUUAUUACUUACGAGUUCAAAAGUUCAGUGUAAAUAAAGAUAAUAGUCACUGGACAUUAACCCAGAGAGAGUCAAGACGCUUCGAAAACUGACCGCUCAUAUUUCAUGUACCACUAUCUACCAGCACCUCUACAGCACUUCUACAGACUCUACUUUCCUCCUGCUCUUCACCUACACCACCAUACUCUCUCCCUCCCGGUCACCACACCAGCACCAAGCCGCAGUGAUAAGCUACUCCCACCCACCCGGUUGGUCUGUCUGGUGGUCCGAGCGGGCGGCUACAUCCCGAGACAGUGUCAGUUUAGGUCCAGUCCAGUUGAGCAGUCAUCCAUAUCUAGUCACCGCCACCACCACGGAUGUUACUUACCCCAUCACUUAAGACAAUGGAUGAAGUUGGAUGUUUGCAGUGGUCCUGGAUGUAACAACAUAAUAUACAGCACGUGUUGUAACAGAGAAACAAUAUACUACACAGUGGGCGAGGUACUCAAGAGACGACACCUGGCCAGCCAUGAUGUGUGUGUAUAAGAUGUGUUUACUCGUAUCGCGGUGACCAACAAGGACAUCUUCGGGGCGACCUGUGACCACUUAUACUGCAUCUCGUGAUAGAUACCUUCAGGUGACCAGUUUCCUGCGUCGGCGUCGUUGAGGGAGGUGUUCUGUCUGUGCACAAACCGGAUGAUCUCAACAGCGUGGCAGGUGUCCUAUAGUGAUAUUAAUGUACAUAUGGGAAUUAAACUGAAGACUGUAUCGGCGACCACAGCAAGAGGAGGAGAGGGAGACCCACACUACCAGAAGACCUUCCUCAGCAGCGACGUGCAGGGCUGUCUUACCCUAGCUCUCUCUCUCCACAAUCCCGAUGGAUAGUGGCGGCGGUUUUAGCGGUGGAGGAUGGCAGAGCAGUGACAGCGGCAGCGAUGGCAGAUGGCACAGUGGUAGCGGCAGUGAACAAGAUGGUGGCAGUAGCAGUAGCGGCGGCACUGGCGGCAGAGGGGGCGGCCGUGGCAGUACAUCUAGCGACGCUUUCUACGGGGGGAUGCAGGAGGCUGACCCCCCUUACUACAGUACCAAUAACAACGACUACAGCAAAUACAAGUACGACCCCACGACCUCCACCACAGACAAGGACGACUACUUGUCUCAUCCCACUGCAGGCUACGACACCUUCGGCAGUAGGCCAGGGGGUUACUACAGCCAGGGACAGGAGCCGGGCCAGGGUGACUCCACCUGCCCUGGGAACACUAGUGAUCACCUACAGCAUCCUCACAGCCACAGUGACUACGGCAGCUCUCAGUGUUACAAUGAACGUCAGGGUCACGACUCCUACAGUAGCCAGCCAGGGUACAGUGAGUACAGGCAGGAGUAUACCCCCUCUAGAGUACAAGUGACAGCCAAGGUCCUCUUUGGCUCCGUUAGUGCCAUAUCCAACCUGAAACAGAAGAAGAAAACUAAGAAGUAGUGUGGGGGAGAGACAGUACCUCACUAUACCUCCCUCACUUAUGGGGGUAGAACGUUCGCUCCUGCCGGUAUACAAGAGCGCCACUACAGACAACAACAAAAGCUGGCGAACAUUAGUCUGACUUAGUUAUGACUUGGUGAAGGUAAAAGCCAGGCGAUGUUACUUGCUCCUGACGCACGGCACUGUGUUUUAUGAUAUGAGUCACAUCCUCACUUGUCCCAUAAAACACUGUCACCGUGCGUUGGCUGGCGAACGGUCGUCUGGCGUGGCUUUCAUAAACCAGGUAUAGCAUCAUUACGACGUGGAAACUAAACGCCAGACGCUGUGACUGCUGGUGCUGGCGCUGCUUGUAAUGGUCAGGACCCAAGUGUCUGUGAUACACCGUCCAGGGACUAAUGAACAGUCCUGGUGAUCUCUCUCUCGUCAACAAGUGAGAUUAAUGAAGAAAAUAAUGAUGACUUGGUCUCACUCACCCCAGCCGUGGUCAGUGUUCCUAACUGUUCUGGGUCGCACACAAACUCAAGCGCGCCCGGUGACCCCUUAUCCCUCCUGGCCCCUAAUACUGACCUGAUCCCCAGGUUAGGAUGGAGAAAUUAGCAGUUUUUCAACCAUGUUUGUAAAGCCCAAUAUGUCCACAGGUCAAAUGUAAAGACAAUUAUCUUCCUAUUUUGUGACCUCAGUCGGCUGUGCCAUCAUAUGUAGACGUGUUUAUAAUAUAUUCCUUACUGAGAUAUGACUCA